UGUUGUGGGUGUCCGCGUGGGGCUGGGGGCGUGGCUUCGGCGUUGGGCGGGAGCGGCGCGCCUCCGGCUGAACCGUCUGCAGCUGAGGCGGCGAUGAGGCCGUGAGGGAAGGGAGGCAGGCGGGCGGGCGGCGGCUUUUGAGGGAAGGACGGAGGGAGGGGGGCUCGGCCAUGGCUUCCUCGCUCCCCCCGCAAGGGGCAGCCGCGGGGGACGGCGGAGUCGGCGAGCCCAGUUCCGGCGAGGAGAACGGAGCCGCGGCGGCCGCGCUGGGAGAGUCUCCGGGCCCCGGUUCCGAUUCGGGGAGCCGCUCGUCGCCGCAGCUCCUGCUGAGCCUGGCCGAGCAGUUCGAGAGGGCGGCGCAGCGGGUGCCGGCCUUGGCCGCGGUGGCCCCCAAGGAACAGCUUCUUUACCUGUACGCCAGGUACAAGCAGGUAAAAUGUGGCAGCUGCAACACCCCUAAGCCUGGAUUUUUUGACUUUGAAGGAAAACAGAAGUGGGAAGCUUGGAAAGCAUUGGGUGACACAAGUCCUGAGCAGGCAAUGCGGGAAUAUAUUGCCACAGUGAAGAAACUGGACCCUACUUGGAAUCCACAGGUUGUAGAAAAGAAAGGGAAAGAAGGAAAAGCCAGCUUUGGAGGCCCAGUUGUCAGCUCGCUCUAUCAGGAAGAAACCAUCAGGGAGGAAGAUAAGAACAUAUUUGACUACUGCAGAGAGAACAACAUUGAGCAUGUAACCAAAGCCAUCCGAUCAAAGAAAGUGGAUGUGAAUACAAAAGAUGAGAAGGGCAGAGCUCUCCUCCAUUGGGCAUGUGACAGAGGACACAAGGAGCUGGUCUCCGUACUGCUGCAACAUACAGCUGAUGUUAACAGCCAGGAUGAUGAAGGCCAAACAGCAUUGCAUUAUGCUUCAACCUGUGAGUUUUCUGACAUCGUGGAGUUGCUGCUGAAGUUUGGAGCUGACCCUACCAUUCGGGACACAGAGGGCUACCUUCCCGAGGAGGUGACGGACUGUAGAACGAUCACCUUCAUGCUUCAGAAGCACUGUGCUGGCAAAGCUUAGCCCGGAAGGCCAAGGAAGUGCGGAUAGCCCCAACCCAGGACUCUCUAAAACAGACACACAUUGCAAUAAGUCCCAUCCUUCUCCCAAAUAAUCUUCUUUGGCAUGCAUGAUGUAUGGAGAUGGGGACCUAGUAUAUUAUUCUGGGAGAGGAAAGGGGCAGCGGGACAUGUGUAACACAGGCCUAUAUAUCUUGUGGCCCAUCGGUUCAAACGCAGCUUUUCAGCCAUAUAUUAUAUCCUGCCUUGUGCUUGAGGAACACUUCCCACCGCCACCACAGGUCCAGGGGUGCAGCAGAAAUAGGAGGUUUUCUUUUCUUUUUUUGUUUGAGCUUCUAGUAGUUCCCCAGGCACACCUGACAGACUGCUCAGUUAAAUGGACCACAAGUUUCUAUAGGCCUGAUGCUGCACGAGGACCCGCGUUGCAUGCUGUGGCGUUUCGAUUGUGAUCCUGGAAGUUGAGGGGAGGAGCAGCUGCCUCAAGACUGCAUUCUGUGUGCCUACUCAGGAGCAAGCCCCCACAUAAUUUGCUUUUCCAAGUAAAUGUGCUUUUAAAAAAAAAUAAAAUAACAUAAGUUACCUGGAGGGAGGGGGUAAUGUAGCUGUUGUCGGGGAGGGGGGCAGAUCAAGUGGGCAGCAGGGCAUUCUUCAGACGCUGUACAAAUGAUCUCUUCCUCUAACAAAAACCAUGAAGCAGUAGAAGAAAGUACUGUAACACUCCUCAUCACCUCCCCUCUCUUGUGUAAUGGAAUUAUGGGUGUUUUUCUAAGAUGUAAAGGCCAAAAGCUUUUCUCUUGCCACUUGAGGGUGGAAGUGGCAAAACAGGGAAGCUAAGGGUAUGUUAAACUCAGUCGCUGUGAGAAUAGAUGGGAAUUUCUGUUGUGUGUGUCCCUCUUUCUCUGUUGUAAAGUACCGUCUUGCAUGAUAAAACACAUUGAAG